GAAGGUGUAUUUCCGGUUGCAUAAGAUAAACUUCCUCGUUUGCCAUAUGUAAGCGUGACUUUUAGCUCCUUGCUGACCCCGGUGGAACAACUGAGCUUCUCCAGCUUUGAAAAAAAAAUGUUAGUUUUAUCGAACAGGGUAAAGUUAUGUUCUCUGGCGUUCACCGUCGCACGCAUGUGCAGCAGCGGCCCUGCAGCCGCUAACAAGAACCCGACCGUUUACUUUGACAUUGCUGCAGACAACCAGCCUCUCGGCAGAGUAACCUUUGAGCUCAGCGCCGACGUUGUGCCAAAAACGGCAGAAAACUUCAGGGCGCUGUGCACAGGCGAAAAUGGUUUUGGUUACAAGGGAUCGACUUUCCACAGGGUGAUCCCUCAGUUCAUGUGCCAGGGUGGCGAUUUCACAAACCACAAUGGAACUGGAGGGAAGUCUAUUUAUGGAUGGAAGUUUCCUGAUGAGAACUUCAAACUGAAGCAUACUGGACCUGGGAUCUUGUCCAUGGCCAAUGCUGGACCCAACACCAACGGAUCCCAGUUCUUCAUCUGCACCACUAAAACAGAAUGGCUGGAUGGUAGGCAUGUUGUCUUUGGCAGCGUGAAGGAGGGAAUGGAUGUGGUCAAGAAAGUGGAGUCUUUCGGUUCACGGUCUGGGCGAACCUCCAAGAGGAUCACUAUCACAGACUGUGGAGAGCUCAAGUAGACUCCAUGAGUGCAGUGGACACAGUCCUCGUCUCAUCUCCUGCUGUAUUUUCAAUGUGAAAGUCUAAGUGAAAGAGGCUCUUUCUUCAGUCAUGGAACAGUGCGCCCUACCUUUCUUUUCCAACAAUAGAUAAUCUCCAGAGUCACGCUCAGUUUUUCUGUUUUUACUUGAAUUAUGUAGCAAUUAAGGCACUAACCUGUGCCAUGCUAUAAAAUGUGAACUUGUAUCAUGCGACGUUCUGUCGUAUUUGAAAGAGAUCUAUUAAUUCAUUAACAUUCAUUUAAACUGGCUUGGAAAGGGGCAGUUAUUUGCAAAAAAUAAAAGCAAUUUUUUUCUAAAUAUA